AUUCCUUUUCAGCCACCCCCUCCUUUCUCCCAACAGUAAAGUAUCUGCAGUUCCAGCAAGCCCAAUGUAGAGACAGAAAGCAUGAAAAUGCACUUAAGCGUUCCUUUUUAAAAAUUAUUAUUUGAAAACAAUAUAGGAGCACGAAGAUUCCCGUGGAAUAUAGCUAGCUACCUCAUAAUGUUUACGUGCUGCAACAAAGCCGUUGGAGAUGGCAUCGGCGAGGAGAAGAGCUCCUGGAUUUACUGAAAAUAAAGAUGCGCUGCUUAGGUUACAUUAUUUAAAAUUUUGUUACUGGCGUGAAAAGAAUUCUGAAUUAUAUAUUUUUUCAAACAAAAGAAUGCGACGCUUUUGCUAAAUCAAUGUAGCACAAACACAUCGCCCUGGACGAGCUUCAGUCGCUACAAUCGAGCAGCAAAAAAGGGGAAGACUUUAUUUAAUACGCACGAUAAUCGCAAAUCUGUGAAGUUUUUAGCAGACUUGUGAGAGAAAGUGCGUUUUGACGCUUAAAGGGGGUGAUCUCUGUGGCGCCUUCAGCCACCGUCACGUCCACACGCGUAAACGCCAAAAAAAUAAUAAAAAACCCUGCUAAAUCGACGUCAAAACUGAAUAAAGGGUAUAGUUUGGCGUCCUGCUCGGAUCGGCACCGCUUUUGGUGCCCCUUCUCUUUUGAGGAACCUUUGUCUGCGCUGGCUGAGCUUUGCUGAAGAUCUCCCCUCCCCCAAGCUUUGGCGAAACAGGAACAACUUCUCCGAGAAGAAGAAGAAAAAAAGUUGCAGUAGAUUGAAACGUCUUGGAGAGACCUUAAAUGUGUUUUUUUUUCAUGCGUAUCCCCAGUCAGGCGCCGAGAUUUAUAAAUAAUAAUACUUAUCAUAUUAUUUCAUGGUGGAUGUUAAAUGAAGAAGUGUCUGCGCCUGCUAACUUCUGGGGGAGAGAGAAAGAGAGAGAAAAAAUGAUUUCUUCUCGUCGAAGAUCGUAAGCUUUUGCGAAAGCUUUCGCUUUGUGGAAUAAGUUUCCGAAAAAGGGAAAAGAUGAGAUUUGCGUGAGGAUCCCCGCGGAAUGGAGGAUCUCGGGGGGAAGCGGAGCUUUAUGUGUGUUUAUUAGAGGCAUUGAAUGGGUUUGUGAAUGGACAGUGUGAACUGAUCGUGAGGAAGAGUCACGGUUUUUGGGGCUUCACCGGUUGCAAGAGCCCAAGGAUCAGCCCGGAACACGCAGGAAUCCCAUUUUUGUCUGCAGGGGACGGGGUCAGAGGUCAAAACCCAAGGGCCUCGUGGGCAGGUUCUCUGCAUGAGGAGCAGCACAGGUCUAUGAGACCUGGGGGCCCUUCAAGGUUUGGGGAUUUCACACUCGUGUCCUGUUGCUGUGCAGAAACAGAGAUGGCCACUGCUAUAUCGUGACACAGAGGGACAUGUGUGCCCGAGGGCUUUGAGGGGUCCUUGGGAGACGCCAGGGACACAAGCAGAGAAUGCUGGAAGUGCAAGAAGAGAGAGCAGGAGCACACUUCACCAAGAAAGAGAGAGCAAAGAAGGAGAGAGACGAGGCCAAGGACGGCCGCAGCAGCAGCAGCAGCGCAGCCUCAAGGAACCCCCGUGCAGGCCCACGCCCACACCAAGGCCACACCCACAGCCAGCCCACACCAGCACUUGACUCCGCCCUCUGCCUCCCUGGGAUCUCCGUCAAUGCAUUCCAGCAAUCCCAAAGUGAGGAACUCCCCUUCAGCAAACACUCAGAGCAGUCCGAAGUCCAAGCAGGAGGCCAUGGUGCGGUCACCCCCUGUGAUGUCUCCGUCCAGUGCCGCCCAGAUGGACUCCAAACUACCCAAUCAGGGAAAACAAGGGGGCACCGGCGGCCAAUCGCAGCCCUCUCCCUGUGACACAAAGACAAUGAGCGGCAGCCACGCUUCCAAAGGGCCACAGGGUGCGAUGGCCAACCUGGGACUGAAAAACGGACAGGGCCUGAAUUCGGGCAACGGGGCCAAGGGCAAGGUUAAGAGGGAAAGAAGCACUUCGGUUGAAUCGUUUGAACAGCGCGACACCGGCACACCAAACAAUGAGCUGGAGCAGAAAGACCCUGGUAUCCGAGCGAAGCGGAUGUGCGUGGCGGAACGACGGCAGCCCUACAGCGGGACAGACUGGUGCUCUGGGGGCGAGAGUGACGAGGACGACCCUGGUUUCUUCAACUGUAACUCGAGCGACGUGAAGCCUCAAGACUCCGGCUCCCUCCCCUCUGCAAACGCCGGAAUCAGCCGCUCUUCCACGCCAUCCCACAAUGCUGUGGGGGGACAGAAUGCCAUCUCCGAAACCGCCAGCAGUCAGAAGGCCUCUUCGAAAGUGGUCUACGUCUUUACCACGGAGAUGGCCAACAAGGCUGCCGACGCAGUUAUCACAGGUCAUGCUGACACCAUCAUCACAUACCACAUGAAGAACAUCUCCAACGCUAAGGGUGACAAGCCCCACCUUCCAGUGAACAAUCAGAUGGGGCCCCUUAGGAAUGAGCCAAAACCCAUGCAGCAAGGGGCAGCGACACCCCAGGCGGCUCAUCCCUCCGAGCAGAACCACCAGCUGGGCGCCAAAGUGCCACAGCCCGGCCAGCAGCCGCCGAAUCAGCCUGCCCAGUCUCAGCAGCAGCCACCAGGGGCCAAGCCCGGAGGCCUCACCCAGGACGGCGCCAUGUCGGGACCGAUGGACGCCAAGAGCCUUCCGAGCAGCAGUCCACACAAUACAACGCCCCAGGACGGCACGUCCAGCAGUCAGCCCUCCUGCACCCCGGGACCCCAGUCCACUUUCCCUUCACUGGAGCCGCCCAAGGGGGGUGACCCCAAGCUGACAGCCCAGCACCACCAGCAGCUGGCCAACGAGAUCAUGUCCAGUAUGGGGGACAACCCCGAAGGACUCUCCCAGGAACAGCUGGAGCACCGGGAGCGCUCACUGCAGACGCUGCGCGAUAUCCAACGCAUGCUCUUCCCUGAUGACAAGGAUAUGACUGCCAUGGGGCAGGGUAAUCCUGGUGCACCCCCUCCCAAUGCUGGCAUGAUGGAGGGCAUGCCCAAGAAACCAGAACCAGGCCCACUGCAGGCUAUGAUGGCCCAAUCCCAGAAUUUGGGGAAGCCAGGGCCUGUUUCUCGGCCAGAGGGUCCGAACUUUGGGCCGCCCAGUCACAGAGACAUGCCCUUCUCCCCAGAUGAACUGGGCCCCCCGCCACCCGGACCUCCGAUGAAUUCUCAUCCGGGGCCGGAGCAUGGUGACCACAUGACCCCAGAGCAGAUGGCCUGGCUGAAGCUCCAGCAGGAGUUCUACGAGGAGAAGAAGCGGAAGCAGGAACAGAUGCAGCACCGACCCAUGUCUGACAUGAUGCUGCACCAGCAUGGCCCACGGGGCAUGAUACGGGGACCGCCCCCUCCCUACCAGAUGAACCCUGGGGAGGUUUGGGGGCCGGGGGGGCCGGAGCCCUUCCCUGACCAGAUGAAUAUGGGCCCCCGAGGAAUGGGACCCCCUCACCACAUGCAGAGGAUGCCAGGCUUCCCGGGAAUGAUGAAUCCCGACAUAGAUGGCGGUCCCAAUCCUAUGCCCCGGCCUGGCAUGAACUGGCCAGACGACAUGCCCAAGAUGGGUGACGGGAGGGGAUUCCUUCCUGGACAGGGUGUGUUUGGGGGUCCAGGCGGCCGAGGUGAAAGGUUCCCCAACCCCCAGUCAGUGCAGGAGGCCAUGUUCCAACAGGGGAUGGGCGAUAAGCAGCAGAUGGGUCUGCCUCCGGGAAUGGUGAUGGACAUGAACAGGAUGAUGGGGAACCAGAGACCCAUGGAUCCUGGCAACAACAACGGAGGUGGCGCUAUGUUUCCUAGGAUGCCGGUGGAAGGUCCCAUGAGUCCAUCCUCCAGAAUGGAGUUCAAGGGGCUGGGGAGGGACAUGGGCGAGUUCGGCAUGGGACCUGGCAACAUGAACAUGAAUCUAAAGGACAUGCACCUCAAUGUCAACGUGGGCCCCAACCCCCAGAUGAUGCCCUCAAAGAUGAGAGAGCCACCUAUGAACAUGAGUCCCGAGGAAAUUAUGAAGAUGAGGCAGGGUGGCGGAGGCCCCCCGUCUGAGAACAUGGGGCCCCAGCAGAAGAUGCUGCAGGGCCCUCCUUUCCCAGACCAGUCCCAGCCAGGUGACUUCAAUAUGGGGCCUGGGCGGCAUUUCCCUGGCAUGCCCCAGGGCCCUGGGAAUAUGAGAGGCCCCCGCGGCGAGCAGCCCUUUGGGCCCGAGCAAAGAACUAACCCAGGUGGCAAUGGUCGACUGGGCCACAUGCCCCCUGCCCAGCCUCCGAACUCAGCCGGCCUUGGCUCGGGCCCAUCGCCGAACCAGAGGAACCUGGGACGCAAGCCAUCCGACCUGAGCGUCCAGGCGGGCCCUGUGAACUCGCCCAGCGUCAACCCCUUGAAGUCCCCCACGCUGCGGCAGGUGCAGUCCCCCAUGCUGGGCUCGCCGUCGGGUAACCUCAAAUCACCGCAGACGCCCUCCCAGCUCGCCGGCAUGCUCUCGGCGCCCUCGGCGGCGGCGGCUGCCGCGGCGGCUGCCUCCAUCAAGUCCCCGCCCAUGAUGGGCUCGGCGGGCGCCUCCCCCGUCCACCUGAAGUCGCCAUCGCUUCCCGCGCCUUCGCCCGGCUGGACCUCAUCCCCGAAGCCCCCCAUGCAGAGUCCGGGGAUCCCUCAGAGCAACAAGCCGCCGCUGAGUAUGACCUCACCGAACAUGAUGGGCAACGUGGAGCCAGGAGGAAACGGUCCGCCCUCGGCCCCCCCCUCCAACAACUCAUCGGGCCCCCCCAGCUCCAUGGGCCUCCCAGGCAGUCUUCCGUCAGGCAGCCCCUACGCCAUGCCCCCCGAGCCCACGCUGUCGCAGAACCCACUCUCCAUCAUGAUGUCGCGCAUGUCCAAGUUCGCCAUGCCCAGCUCCACGCCACUCUACCACGACGCCAUCAAGACGGUGGCCAGCUCUGACGACGACUCGCCCCCGGCGCGCUCCCCCAACCUGCCCCCCAUGAACAACAGUAUGACCGGUAUACCAGUGAACCACCACCCCCGCAUGAUGGCGCCCAACUCUUCGGGCCACAUGCCAUCCCUCAGCCCCAUGGGCAUGAACGCUAUGGGCUCCCAGCCCCACUCCCACAACAUGCCCAACCAGAUGCCCUCACCCAACCCCAUGGGCCCCAACAUGCCCCCUCACUCAGGGCCCAUGGGGCCAGGAAUGAUGCCCCAUGGCAUGAUGAUGCCCCCAGUGUCCCAGGAGCCUGGCAUGGGCAAUUCCCAGAUGAUACCUCAGGGGCGAAUGGGCUUCCCCCAUCGGCAGCAGGGUUUCCCCCCUGGCCAGUCUCCUCCUCAGCAGGUCCCCUUCCAGCACAAUGGGCCUGGCCACCAGGGGGGCUUCCCCCAUGGCAUGGGCUUCCCCGGGGAGGGCGGACCCCUGGGCCGGCUCGGCAACAUGCCCCACGGUCCUGCUGGCGAGCCUGGCAUGUGUAAAUCUGGUGGGCCGGGAGGCCAGGAGUCCUUCGGCAACAUGCCCGGCGUUUUCAACGACGCCGACCUGCAUGAGGUGAUCCGACCCGGCGCCUCCGGCAUUCCGGAAUUUGACUUGUCUCGGAUCAUCCCAUCUGAGAAGCCCAGCCAGACUCUGUCCUACUUCCCUCGGGGUGAGGCCCCUGGGGGCAAGCCUCCGCAUCCCUCGGGCCCUCCAGGCUUUGGCCAGAUGCAGGGGAUGAUGGCCGAGGGGAACCCCAGGAUGGGCUUGCCCAUGGGGGGAAUGGGGGGCCCACCAGGGCCUGGACAUAUGGGCCCUCAGGACAUGCCUAUGGGAAACCCGGGUCACAAUCCCAUGCGGCCGGCUGGUUUCAUGCCCCAGGGCAUGAUGGGACCCCAGCAUCGGAUGCUGUCGCCGGCGCAGCCCGGCAUGCCUGGCCAGCCGGGGAUGAUGGGCGGCCCAGGAAUGGUACAGGGCAAGGAGAGGGGGCCCAUGUACAACCACCCGGGGCCUGUAGGCUCACCCAACAUGAUGGUGCCGCUACACGGGAUCACGGGGCCCCAGCAGACUAUGAUGAUGCCGCCCCAGAUGAGGCCGCGCGGCAUGGCAGCAGACAUGGGUAUGGGCUUUAACCCGGGGCCUGGGAACCCAGGAAAUCUAAUGUUCUGAGCUGCUACACACAGUAGAAUCCCAUGGAGAAAUGGAUGUACAAAAAAAUAGACUAAAUACAAGAAUACUAAAAGGAACGAAAGUGACAGUUCGUCAAGCACAUGCAUAGGCCAGCAGGGAACGAGCAGACAGAAGGAAACGUGGUGCUUCCACACUUAUUUGUUACCCAGCAGUGCCCCGCCCAGCCCCCAAGCUAUGAAGAUGUGACAUUUGUGUUAGCAUGGCAACGGCGUAGGCUUUGUGCGCCCGGCAGAGCGGACGCCAAACAGAUGGUGUGUCUGCUGCUUCGGCUUUCGGUUUGCGUCGGGAGGCCCGGAACGUGGGGAACUGUCCCUGGGAUUCUUAGGAACGAAAAGGAGAGUCUUAGACAGGGAAGAAAAGAAAUCCACAGACGAAAAAGGAACACGAAAUAAGCAGUACUCCAGGACUAGAGGUUGGUAGUUGUUCUUUAAAAAAAAAAAAAUCAUUAAAAAAUAUUUGUCAAGAAAAGGACAAAAAAAACAAAAAAGUUUUAAAAUACACAAAAAAAUUAAUAAAAAUCAAAGGAUCCGCCAUUUUGUCACAGGUUGCACCGUUUUUGGCUGUAUGUUUACGUCUCAUCAGAUCUGCUUCCUGCGCAGACGAAAAGCCCUUUGUAUUUGUGUACUGUACUUGUAUUGUAAAAGGGAUUUUAGCAGUGACUUGUAUAGUUUUUUUUUUUUUUUUCCUCAUUUCAUAUUGCGUUAGGGGAGGGGUAGCAGUUGAUAAAUGCGCUGUGACCCCCACCAAACAGUACUGUUUACCAUGGGGGACUGAGAUUUUUUUUGUUUUAUUUUUCUUUGUAACUCCAGUGUAUAACAAACCAAACUAUGACCUCAUACAGAUAAUAGUAUUAUAAAAGAAGCACAAACAUGGAUUAACUGUAAAGUGUUCUCUUUUUUUAUUGUAGAGAAAAAAAACACUAUUGACUAAGUAGAAACGGUUCUCCUGAUAUAUGCAGUGUGUUCUCCUGUUCCUCAGCUACCUUUUUCUUUUUUCCUGAUAGGAUGGGGGUACGGGGAUAUCAAACAACAUGCCUCAUGUCCUGAACUAGUGGUCAGCUCUGGCUUCAGGGUCAGACACUUACUAUACCUGAUCGCAACAGUCAGCAGAUUUUACUAUUCUUUAUUAUUGAUUUUUUUUUUUGUUUGUUUUUAAUUUGCUGUGUAUUGUUACUUAAGAAUAUCCCGGAUAUGCUCUGGAUUUCUGAGUAAUGAAUCCAGAAUUUUGUAAUAAAAAAUAAAAUAAAAAGGAAUAAAAAAAAAAAAACAAGUUAUUUCUUAAUUACAACCCCCACCCCCUCUGCAGUGUAAACUUGUCAUGUGUAACUCUAUUGAGUUUGGUACAGAACCACCUCCCCAGGGCUGUGGUGUUAAAGACAAAUAAAAUAUAUUGUUUGAUAUAAUGUUUA